AUGAAUUCAGAGGCACUCACCCUGGUCUCAAACUACGAGGACGAGCUCGUUAAAAGGCGCAACAGGGGACGCCUGGUUGUUACACUCGUACUGUGCUCAGUUCCCCUGCUGGACGCCUCCUUUGUCAUAUUCUGCCUUUGCCUAAACAAAUUCUCGAGCCUUUUUGGGAUGAUCAACUGCUUUUGCAUUUUCUACAUCCUCGUCGCUAUCGCAACCACCUUGACAGGCUACUACGGGGUCUUCAGGCAGAACCACUCUGCGCUGAGGACCUCCAUUAACCUAUUCACUCUCCAGAACCUUCUGAUCCUGUUCAUUUCUGGGAGUUUGUUCUUCCUCUUUUUGAGCUUUAGGCACUUUUUCAACGAACACCACGCCCCUCGGUUCAUGAAGUACUUCGAGACGCACCGCGGCUUCGGGAUUUUCAUCUUCGUUUUCAACAUUUUAAUGCGUCUCACGAACCUGUUUCUCACUUGGUACUGCGGAGAGCUGGAGGCUGCGUUCGAGGUUCUCAACCGUCUGAAGCACUUCAAGGAUAAGGCCCCCAACGACAAUGAGCACUUUCAGAUUGACAUCAAGGACGACUUUGAGCAGAUUUACUAA